UCGUUCUCGAUUAUUUGUAUCCAGUCUCGGUUAGGUCGUAAUGUUCCCGAGAAUUUCAACAAUAACAUGUUUUUACAAGAAUAACAUAUAUCUACCUGCAUAAAACGCUUACACAAGAACGUUCCACGUCACAUAUAUUGCAUUGUUAUCAUGAAAAAUUAAUUACCGUUUUCUGCACCGAUGUUUGUAUAAUGAAUAUUUCUCGGUUUUCAACAAAGGAGGCGGUUUAGAACAUUUCCUAUUUUCUCUGGCAAGCAGUGCAAGAUUUUUGAUAAGCAUUCAUCAUCAGUCUUCAAAGAUGAAUCCAAUGUCCAGAGAAGAGAUUAACAUCAGAAGACUUUUAACAAGAUGUGAACUGAUGGCUAAAGAUGAUUCGCAAAAGGAUUGGAAACUUGAGAAGUAUAUCCUUGCAUUGGAUGAUAUGAUAAAACAAUUACAAGCAUUGCCAAGUAAACCACCUAAAGAUACCAUGAUGAGAUACACCAAAAGAAUAGAAUUCUUAAAAGGACUGAUAAAUACGACAAAACUUUUAAACCCAGUUGACAGAGUCGUGGCUGUCCAGAUGUUGCCAAAAAGUUCCACAACAUUUAAUGAAUCUAUAGGGCCGAACAUAGCGACCCAAAUACAUCAGAAAACUGCAGCAAAAUACAAUAAAGAAUUACGUACUGAACUAUUUCACAAUGAUAAAGGAGUGUUAGAGGAUGGCAUAAGGCAAAGACUGUCUUCAACUACUAUGCAGGAUGAGGAUUUGGAUGCACUUUUGAAAUACAACAGAAACAUUCAAGAGAAGAUUGCUGAGAACAUGCUUUCAAUGACUAGUAGCAUGAAGGAACAUGCUUUGGCAGCAAAUGCUAUCAUAAGGAAGGACAUUGGUUUGCUCGAAAGGUGUGAUAAGUUAACAGAUACCAAUGCUGAUAAACUGAAGACAGAAUCACUGAAACUGCAAGAACAUACACAAUCAUAUUGGAGGUGUUGGAUGUGGGUGAUGAUUGUGUUUGUUUUAGUUGUAUUUUUUAGUAAAGUCAAAGUUGUUAAGGCGCUAUAUAAUUACACAGCGCAACAUCCAGAUGAACUGUCUUUCCAAGAAGGUGAUAUUCUUUAUGUUCACGACAAUUAUACAGACUCAAAUUGGUGGAAAGGAAAAUGUGGAGACCGAGAAGGUCUUGUACCUGCUAAUUAUGUUGAAGAACAAACUCAAGAAAUUGUGCUACCAUUGCACGAUGCUGCGAGACGUGGAAAUGUUUCGAUGUUGAAGGAAUACAUAAAGCAGGGAGUUUCUGGUACCGGCUUAGAUGCAAUGGGUAACACUCCUUUGUAUUGGGCUGCAUGCGCUGGCCACUUGGACUGUGUAAAUGAACUUCUGAAUUUACCAAACUCUGCAAUCAAUGUACAAAAUAAAAUGGGAGAAACAGCAUUACAUGUGGCAGCAAGUCGUGGGCAUAUAGAAAUAGUAAAUCUACUGUUACAUUACAAUGCAAAUCCAACAAUAAGGAAUAACGAUAGUUUAACGGCGGAACAGUUAUCUGCUGACCUUUCGAUUAAAAAUGCGAUACAAUUAAAUCAACGUGAUAGUAGAAGAGUAUGUGGAUAUACGGAUGAUGAUUACAAUGAUGACAGUGAUUAAAAUGAUGUAUGUACGUUCUUUUCUUUGAGUAUAUGAUUGUAAAACAAAGUUACUAUUUAUAUAAUUUCAUUUGAAUGAGUAUUUAAGAAGGUAUUAUUACUAAAUAUAUAGGAUAUGUAUUAAUA